AGCUGAUCCUCAAAAUUCAGUUAGACAAGGGUACCCUUUCUUUGUUCCCUUGCCUGAUGUUGCGCGAUAUCCUGUUGGCUGACAUUUUGUUGCGAGGAUAUGCUGGCUGGAACUCAAGACGUGCCAUUCAAGUUAUUGACAAAAUUUUUCCUAAGGAUGCACCGGUCCAACCUUCUCUUGUGGUAGUUUAUUUUGGUGGUAACGAUUCAAUGGGAGCUCACCCAUCUGGCCUAGGCCCUCAUGUUCCACUUCCUGAAUACAUUGAGAACUUGAGAAAGAUCGCGAAUCAUCUGAAGAGCCUCUCAGAAAGAACGCGUAUUAUUUUUCUUAGCUGCCCUCCGGUCAAUGAGGAAAUGCUUCGCGAGCGAACAAGUGAUGCGCUGAGUCCGUUGGUCAGAACAAAUGAGAUCUGCCGUCAAUAUUCAGAAGCAUGUAUAGAACUAUGCGAGGAGAUGGGCGUGAAGGCUAUUGACCUAUGGACUGCAAUACAGAAGAGGGAGGACUGGGCUACUUCUUGCUUUACUGAUGGGGUACAUUUUUCCUCUGAAGGGAGCAACAUCGUUGUGGAGGAGAUGCUGAAGGUGCUGAAAGGAGCUGACUGGCAGCCAUCUUUGCACUGGAAGUCGUUGCCAACUGAGUUUGGUGAGGAUUCACCUUAUGAUCUCGUUGCUCCGCGUGAUGGAAAAUCCACAGCCUCAGAUCCUGCUGGAAUGAGACUUUUUACGCCGGGAAAUUCGGCCUGGACUCCAAGACUGCCGUGCCUCUCUUCCAAUCCUACACAUGAGCUAGGCGCAUCUAUCUAUGUAUCUUCGUAUAAAACUGAACUGAAGAGAAUGGUUUGGGAUUCUUUAAGCAUAUGUUGCUAUGACAGAGAAUUAUGUUCUGAAGUGUGA